UUCAUCAUCGUUAAGAUUGUCAUGUCAGCCAUUUUGCUUCACAUUUGCUAUCAUCAUUUUGAAUUGUUUAAGGUUCUUUUCAAAGGUAUAUACAAAUCACAAGCAAGCAACUCAACGCAUUUUAUCAAGUAAAAGCCUUCUUAGGCCGUCCAGAUACUGCAGCUUUUCAUUUCUUGUGAGUUACUGCAACUAAUGAAUUCUCAAGAAGUUAAGCCAAAGAUUUCCUUCGAUGUCAUCGGAAUCAUUCUCAAAAUCCGAGAAAUUCCCGUGAUGUGUGGUUUUGUUGCAUUCUUGACACACUUUUAGAUUUUUAAGAAGCUGAGCCAAUCAGUUCUGAUGUCUUGCUGUCAUCAAGACUCUGCUUAGACAGCCAGCAGUUGCCAAGAGAUUUAUAGUUAUUUUAUUCUUGGCAAGUAUUUAGAGUUUUAAGAAGCUAAGCCAAAUGAGUUCCGAUGCCUUACUGUCAUCAAAAUAGUGCUUGGACACUAAAAAAAUAUCAUAUCAUUCUUAAUCCUCUUGGCAAGAGCCUUAACAAGCUAAACUUGUGACUGAUAAAUGACUGUCAAAAAAUCCAGGAAGUUCUCAAAACCCGACGUAGUUCCAUAGUUUUAAAACGUGGAGAAGCAUGUUGCCCUUUGACUUGAGAAAGUAAUCUUGUUCACAGUCACAGGAAAGAAGGUAAUUCCGAAUAAAUUACUGGCAGUUGCUUUGGCUUGGAAUCAAGGCGACCGGGAAAGAAAACAUAAAGACCUCCCACCCACGACACUUGGGCAUCUCUAAAAUAUUUAAGUUAUUUGCACCGCAGAUACAAAUACCGCGCACAGGUUUUCAAAAUCAUUUCACGGCUGCAUUUCUAGACAAAGGUUGAAGCCAAGAUGUUGGUUGAUGGCAAUGUGUUGUUUGCUUUCCUUGUCUUCUGUGCAUUGGAAAUCAGUCAUGGGUAUUUCAUCGAUGAUACUUCUGAAAGACAAGGAAACUUCGUACAAAAUAACUUCGAGCGAGAUCUGAAUGUUGAUGAGAUUGGGAACAAUGUGCUUAUGAAAAAUAAAAUCGACGAGGCACCUUGUCAGAUAUUCACCACGACGUACGGAUGCUGCUGGGACAACAGAACAAUAGCGAGGGGGCCCACAGGAGCAGGUUGCCCAGCAUGCGAGGAUAUGGACACAAUGGAAUGUAGAGCCAGAAAAGACAUGUGUACAAGCGCCGAGUUCAGAAGACAGUGCCCUAUCACUUGCCAAGUGCCUUGUGGGUGUAAAGACAGAUUUGAUUCCUGGCUGUGCAGCAAGAUAAGGAAACUUGGAAACUGUCAGUGGUUGGGAUCACAGUGUAUGCAAACAUGUAAAAAAUGCUGAUACAGUGAAGAUCGAUAGAUUUUAAGAGGCAGAUGCUGGAUAUGCGAGUCUUAUUAAUAUCAAAUUUGUUUUACCAUGUAUAUAUUAAUUUAUUGUUGUCAAGCUUGUUAUGUAGAGCCUCAUAAAUCCUGUUUUUAUUUGCUAGAGUAUAAUUUAACUCUAUUCCUUUAAAAUAUUAUCUUAAAACAAAGGAUUUGAAGUAAUAAAACUGUUUUUAUCGCUUUGUUUACUGUCUUUGUCAUAUUUGUUUGUUGACAUUGUCACAAAAAUACCGCAAUGACCAUUGAAUAGGCGUUUACUAAAAAACUGUUUGCCACUCGCAGUUAGAGGCGCAAAAAAUAUUUUUAAAGUUUCCUUCAUUUCUAAGUCUAAGAAAUCA